GCAUACAUUCUUUAUGCUGAUAGAGGACUUCUGCUCAGAGGACUGAAAAACACGAAACUAUUGCACACUGUUUAUUUUCUGGUGGUUGUAACAUUUUUCGGAGUAUCCUACGGAACAUGGCCAGGAACCCCAAUAUAUAAGGUUGAAUACCCUUUAAACACAGUCCGAGGGAGAAUCUGUAUGGAGGAGAGACUAGAUUACGACAAGGAUAAUCUCAAAGAAACUUCAGAUAUUUACGUGAAGCCAAGAUUGAUAGUGGUUGCUCUAACGGGGGUUAGCACCAUCUUCGGUUGUAUGUUUCUAUUCAAGAUACGUUCCUUCAUAAAGAAGUUGUGUCCUGGAAACAAGGCGAAUAUCGGAGGAACCUACAGACGAAAUCUCUUCGUUCUCUCGGAGACAGCUGUUUUGUUUGCUGGAUAUUCUUGUUUCUAUUUAUGGGAAUCUGUUCUUAUAUUCCUCCUCUACCCAACACAAGACAAAAUAGGAAUAAAAAUAUUUCUUUCAUAG